AGAUUUACAGCCGGUUUCCGAAACGUUAUUCAAAUCUUCGAUCAUCUAAUCGAGCUGUUAGAUUUGAUCAACUGUUAACCAGUGACGAGUUUCUCAAACGUCGAUCAUCUUAAAAUUAUAUGAUCGUAGAAAAUCGAUUAUCUGACAUACGAUUUGGUAUCGAUACUGUCACAAUCGGCUGUCAUCCUUCAAAAUUUCAUUUUAUAACCAAAAAAUUUCAAUCCAUAGUAAAUAACUACAUAAUUUAUAUAAUUAAAAAAUAUAUUAAAAAUGAGCAAUACAAACGGAAAUCCUCCACGCAAAAAUUAUACUGAGAGAGAGAGAGAAAUGUUUGCUGUUGGAAAUAAUUGGAAAAUACAAGCAUAUUAAAUUGAAAACAAAUAAUGUACCAAUGCUAUGUCCACCAACCAAAACAAUGAAACCUGGGAAAAAUAGCGCUGAAUUUCCCAGAACUCCCAAGCAGCUGAACACUGCAUAUAUAAACGUAAAAAGGGUCACUAGCCAAAAAGUAGCAGAGGAAAAUAUUCAAAAAUAUAAUGAGCAGAAGGUUUUGGACCAGUUGAAGAGAGACCAAACUGCGGACAAAAAAGACAUGCUUGCAACAGGUGGUGGCACAUUUAGGCCUCGUCUCACAGAUGUAGGGGCACAAAUGUUGAGUUUGAUUGGCAAUCAAAUCCAACCUUUACCCAACAGUUGUGACAGUGCAUCUGGUUUCUUCACAUCUGUUGCACAAGACAGUCAAGUGGAAGUAGAUUACCUACAAUUGGAAGACACAUAGCAGACAUCCAAUGUACCCUCUACUUCCACUGUGCUGCUCAGUACACCCACGACAACUGCUGUCCUGCCCAAGAAGACAGCCAAGAUGUCUCAGGCUCGUUCAAAAAAUAAAAAAGUAAAAGAUGUAGGGAGCGAAACCCUUAAUGUAUCUUUUACAAAAAAAAUUGAAACAGCAAGACUAGAAAAAAGAAGUAAGAUAGUAUUUUUCAACAAGAAAAAAAGAAAUUUUAGAAGUAGAGCUUCAAAUAAAAAAAUUCGAUGUCAAUAAAUUAUUCGGUAAUAGUGGUUAGGUAUGUACCUAAUAAAGUAAUUUUAAAUAAAAAUUGUAAUUUCUUUAAAUAAUAAAAUUAAUAAAAAAUG